CGUCGUCGACGUGUCAAUGGACCGACGAUGACGUCGGCAGCACCCAAUUCGAAUUAACAGAAGGGCCCUUCCGGAAGUCUACAGUCCACCAGAGUGUACAACGAACGCGCACCUGCUUGACCCUUUCGGGUCACUGUGUGACGUGCGAUGUAGCUCCUCUCUACAUUCGCGCAGCCAGCGCGCCCGCGCAUCGUGCACCUCUGCACCCCGGCGAAGCCACUAUCCCGCAGGAAUGACACAAACUUGCAUUUCGUCGUCUUGGUCUCGGCAACUACAUGUAGCCUGCCACGGUACCCUAUGGUGGUCUUGAGCCCGGGGCAAGCAUCGCACCCUGGAUGACAUGAUCAUGGACACAUAUAGUGACGCCGGUGCUUUCUCCGAGCAUAAGUCCAGAUUGUCCAGAGUCUCCAGGGUCUCGCCUUUGCGCUAUGACUAGCAUAGUGCUAACGACGCCCCUGCCCUGUCUCGUACCAACGUCAGAAGCGCCGUCAGGGUGUCACCGACGCUGCUCGUAGUGCCGCUAGUAUUGUCUUGACCGAGCUCGGUCUCUCCACCAUUGCCUACGCCAUUCGCGGGUUUCGUGACAUUCUCCAUAGAGGAGACGAGCGCACCGAAAGCCCGAUAGCCCUCUCUCGAAGAGACGUCGUUGCCAUCGCCCAAACGGGCAGUGGUAAGACCGUCUCGUUCGCUCUCCCCGCCAUGUUGCACAUCAAUGCUCAACCUCCCCUUUCGCCCGGCGAUGGCCCCAUCGCCCUCGUCUUGGCGCCCACUCGUGAAUUGGCUGUUCAAAUUCAGCAGGAAUGCACGAAGUUUGGCUCCAACGAGUCGUGCAUCCGUAACACUGCCAUCUACGGCGGUGCCCUAAAAGGCUCUCAAAUUCGCGAUCUUCAGAGAGGCAUUGAGAUCGACAUCGCCACGCCCGGUCGUCUCAUUGAUGUGCUCGAGCCGCAAAAGACCAACCUUCGCCGUGUGACGUACCUUGUUCUGGACGAGGCUGAUCGUAUGCUCGACAUAGGUUUCGAGCCUCAGAUCCGCAAAGUCAUUGGUCAGAUCCGACCAGACCGUCAGACCCUCAUGUUCAGUGCGACUUGGCCGAAGGACGUCCAAAGGCUCGCUGCUGAUUUCUUGAAGGACAUGAUUCAGUGCAACAUUGGUUCCAUGGAACUUACCGCGAACCACAACAUCAAGCAGAUCGUCGAAAUUUACAGUGAUUUUGAUAAGAGAGGCAAACUGAUCAAGCACCUCGACCAGAUCAGUGCCGAGAAUGCAAAGGUCCUCAUCUUCAUCGGCACAAAGUGUGUCGUGGAUGAUAUCACCAAGUACCUCCGCCAAGAUGGCUGGCCGGCUCUCGCCAUUCACGGUGACAAGGAACAGCGCGAACAUGACUGGGUCCUCGGUGAAUUCAAGGCUGGACGCUCUCCCAUUCUGAUUGCGACAGAUGUCGCGUCUCGUGGUCUCGGCAAGCGCUCCGAUUAG